AUGAUUCGUAUCAGUAGGAAGCUGCAAAAGCUUUCCAAACCUAGAGAAGUCAAAGACCUUUGCAUUAAAAUAGUACGUCAUUUAGAUAAGUUAAGUCAAGGGGGUGAUUCCGAAUGUAAUAAUUACUGCAAUUACAUACGUUAUUGCUUAUGUGAACAAAUAAGUGAAAUUCUUACUAACAAAUCUGCAAAGAUUGCUUAUGUAACCUUUUUUGAUAACCUUAUUUUGGCAUGGACAGUCAUUAAAAUUUCAAAUUUAAGUAACAAAUGUAAUCCGGAAAAUAUAAUUGAUUUUAAAUUAAAUGAAUUAAAAAUAGGACAUUUUCGUAUAUUUAUUUUAAAAAUCUUGAAGAAAUUGAAAAAGUUAGUGCUUCCGAAAAUAAGUUUUAAACCAGUACAAGAUGUAUAUAAGGAUAUGCGUUGUGUAGGGUUAACUGUUUCAUCACAGAAUGGUAUUGAUUAUUUUUCUUGUAGUGAUAAGGAUGAGUUAACAUCUCUCAUAACUGAAUUAGAAAAAUGCAAAAGUUCGGAGAAACCAAAUCCUAAGACAGUACCUGUUAUCCCCGCAAGCGAUAAAGGUGAUUCUGAUCAAAUACCUCCAGGAGGUCAGAAGGUACCUGAAGGUACAAGAGGAUCAAAAGGUUCAGC